AUGUCGAACAUUGCCUUCCUUCAGCCGUACCCGCAACCACAAGAAGGGCAGCCACGAAUAUCCAAGAACGGCGAGUCGAAGGACCCGGAUUUAUACGUACAGGGGAGGCUGGAUAUGGGCGAGAUUUCAGUGUUCGACACUCAGGCGCUCCUCUCUGGGCCGGAUUCCAACCAGAUCCCUUUGCAUACAUUCAAGUCUAGCGGCGACAUCCCACUCAAGCAAGUGGUUCCCAACCCGGGAGACAUACCAGAACUUGUAGCUGUUUAUCGCUCAGUUGAUGAGGGUUCUCCGCACCUUUCUGUUGAGCUGUAUGAUAUCCAGAACAUGAAAUCGGUGGGUGGAUGGAAACGGGGCAGUACACCGGACACCAAUCCUUUUUCUGUAACGUGGUCUCCGAAAGGAAAGCAGCUGGCCAUGGGUCUCGAGAAUGGUGAUAUCAUUACUUUUGCACCGUCUACACCGUCCGAGCUGAAGAAUGUGGUACCAAAACCGCCCGCUCUCGGGGACCAACGUAUUGCUUCAUCUCAUUGGCUCACAAACACGGAAUUUUACGCAGAAUUCGUGGUCCGCGGCUAUAUUCCUCCCGAGGACAUACCAACCUACAGUCAUUAUAUCGUGACAUCUGAUCCGAAGGCCCGCACUGCAGGCGACAUCAAGCUGAAUCCACCGAAUUACCCUCUUCCUUGCCUGCGCCCGCAUGCACAAUUUGUUGUGACGCUGCGCAGCUGGGUCAAUGUGCGCAUGUUGAUUUUCGUGGGCGACAGUGCAUCGUCAGACAUAGGUUUACUUGGCUGUCUAAACGACUCAACUGCUAUCGAGCAAUGGUGCCACCUGCCGCUGGAUGAAAUGUCGACUCCUACUGUGCCUAUGAGUAUGGAAAUGGACGAUACUAUCCUAGUUGGCUUAGAACUCGACCUAACCAACACUGAGCCCUAUCUGCACAUCACGCCAGCGGGUGAUUCUGUGGAAGUACCCCCACCUCCGAUCUUGUACGUGUACGCAAGCGAUGGGACGGUUCUGGCUUGGCAGAUUGUCAAUACGGCUGGAGUUCCUUACCCAGGGAUGUUGAACGCAUCUUCCGCUGCACAGGAAUCAUCGCAAAUAGGGCAACAGCAUUUACAGUCCGCACCGGAGGCGCCCAAACCCAGUCCCUUCGGCUCUACUCCGGCGGCCUUCAGUACGACAGUGCCAUCUUCAAGCGGCGGUGCGUUCAGUGCUUUCGCAAAUGCUCCGAGCAAGUUCGGGCAAACUGCAUUCAGCUCGUCAGCAUCCAUCUCGCCUACUCCAGCCCCACAAGCCUCAGCCUCCAGCAUCACUGACGACGCGAUGGAUUCUGAGUUUAUCGCUGAUGCUGGGCUGGGGGGAAUGUCUCUAGGCGGUGGUGACGACAAUGGAAAGAAGCCGUCGGGGCAAGGAUCCUCGGGGAUGUUUGGAUCGUUUGCUGCAGUGUCGCCGCCCGCUCAGGGCUCGACAACCAGUGGUACAGGAUCUGCUUUCGCACCAUCCUCUCAAUCGGCGUUCAAUGGCCUCAAACCUGCCGUAGGGUUCGGUGCUUUUGUCAACCAGACGUCGAACAACCCUUCCAUCUUCACUUCUGGCAGCUCAGCGUUCUCUUCCACCCCAGCACCGGCGACGACGUCCGACUUGAAGCCAGCCUCAGGGUUCGGUCAGCCUGCUUUCGGGCAGCAGUCAGCUCUCGGCAAACCCGGCUUCUCGCAGCCAGCAUUUGGACAAUCGGGAUUCGCGAAGUCUACUACUGCGCAACCUGCUUUUGGGCAGACCGGAUUUGGGCAGCCUGCUCUUGGGCAAUCUGCUUUCAGCCAAUCACCACCUGCACAAUCUGCCUUCAGCCAACCAGCACCCGCACAGUCGGCGUUCGGGCAGCCGGCGUUCGGUCAGCCAGCAUUUGGUCGGUCAGGAUUCGCGACGGCCGCCAAUCCGCCAACUCAAUCAGCAGGCGCUGCUGGACCUUCUAGCGUGGGAUUCAGCGCAUUCGCUCAAUCACCUGCUAGUGGUUUCGCCAGCUUUGCAGCGAAAGCAGACGCCAAACCGGUGUGGGCCACGUCUUCUGGCGGUGAUUCCGCGAUGGACGACAAGGACAGUGGGCAGAAAACCCAGUUCUCGACGAGUGCACCGGCGCUAAGCGCGGCCGAACAGAUCGCGAGGGUCCCGUCGGAAACGAUGGACAGCACUUCAGAGCCUGCGGCGGCUCUCGCACCCGCCACUCCAUCGACAGGAGCCUUCGGACAACUGAAGACAACGCCGUCUGCAUUUGGUCAAUCCGUGUUCGGUCAAUCCGCCUUUGGCAAACCGGCGUUUGGCCAGCCUGCCUUUGGCCAACCUGCUUUCGCACAACCUGUUACCGGACCGCAGACGAGUCAACCCACACCUGGGACAGGAGUAGGUAGCACGAACGUUGCGACUGGCAGCGCAUUCGCGGCAUAUGCUCAAUCCGGAGCAAGUUUUAGUAGCGCAUCAUCUCAGCCGGCCGCGAAGCCUGUGUGGUCAGCCUCAACCAGCACGGGGGAUCAGCCCAGUGCCAAGAGCAGUGAGACUACCAGAGAAGACGCAAAGUCUACUGCCGGAAUCAACAACGCCACGCAAGAGGGCAAGAGAGCAGAAUCCCAGGCGAGGGACACGCCCGACACAACGAAGCCUAGCCAGAGCGGCAGUUCUGCGCCGACUGGGACGGGUGCUUUUAGCCAGCUCAAGACAUCGCCCUAUGGAUUUUCUCAUAUUGGCGCAGGAUUUGGUGCUUUUGGUGCGAUCGACACGUCUUCAUCCUUCUUCAAGGCAGCAAAAGCACCAAGCAGCUCUCCAGCAGGCUCUACGGCCCCAGCGUUGGCUCUUGCAUCCACCACUCCACCUAGCACGCCACCGAAAGCUCCUGCUGAUGCCGCCAAGCCGACUUUCGGCUCACCUUCGCCACUUGGUGCAGCACGAUCCGUGUUCGGGCCUAGUGCCGCACCCCCUCGUCCGGAAGUGAUACCUGUGGUCAAAAGUGCGUUUGCCGCUUUCAGCGGUACUAACGUCGGCUUUGGAAGUGCUCCUAGUUCAGGCAAAUCUUUCGGUGACAUGUUGAGAGAAAAGACAGAAGUGCUCCAGGACGAGAAGAGUAAUUCAGCGUCCGCUUCCACAGCUAAAUCCAACGCCCCUGUGUCGUUCUUUGCUCAGCGAGAGGCACAACUGCGUGACAAGGGUAAAGAACGUGAAGCUGAACCUUGGCGGCGCGAAGCUGAUUACGAACAUGCUUUGGAACAACUGGAAGGGGAUGGUGAUGAUGAUGACGACGACGACGAUGUCAUCUCAUUUUUGUCCCACUCUUCCGUUGACGGAGAAGGCAGUGAAGAAGACGAGGAAGAGGAAGACGAUGAGGACCAUGAUGGCACGGAAGAAACUGUGGAGGUUUCCAGUGUGCCACAAGCAGUCGUGACCUCGACGGAAGAAGAAAAAAUAUCGCCUACUCCAGCGACUUCAACACCGUCUAUGACAUCAUCGUCAUCGCUCACGAAACCCGCUGGCACUACACCUCCCGGUAAUCCGACUGUCGCUAAAGGCACACUUCCCAUAAUCGCCCCAUCAUCUCCUGCUCCCGUAGCGCCCUCGCUUGGUCUUGGGAGACCUUCCACACGUCCCGCAAGGAGUUCGCCUCUAGCAAGCCAGCCCAUCAAUGGCGAUGAAGACACCGAUGAUACAGGUGCGACGUCAGAUGCGUCCGGAAGUCAACGAUUUGUUGACCCUGCCCCGAUACAUGUUCCCGUAACGGCGGCUUCAGAUAAGGCGCCCACCCAGUCAGUUUUCACACCACAACCGAAACCAGGCCCGGCGGGUCGAGCGCCGUUACAGUCACCUUCGCCAUCCCUGAGUUUAUUUCCAGGGCCUCAGAUGCCACCGCUACUGCCCGGUGGUGAUCGUGUCCCACAAGCACAACCGAAUAUCACGCCAACAGCACCAGUGGUAGAAGAAGGCAUGCAAAUGGAAUGCAUGCGUCUCUUCAGCACGCUUGCCAGAGAGAUGGAGAAGGUCAACAGUGAGGCACAACAAGCAGCCAAACUCAGGGUGUUACAGUACCAGCCAGGAUCUGGAUCACGCACGAUGGCUGAUCUUAACGAACCCAAAAAAUGGACUUUGGCCGAUACGAGUCGGCUGAAACUUAUCGGCGAUUCACUAGAGAAGCAGCUGUCUGCGCUCCGCAAUGAGUACACUACACUUAUGGAGGGCAUUCAUGAGCUUGAAAGCCAGUUCCUGAGAGCGAGUAUGCGAAAAGAAGAGAUAGUUCGAUUCAGUAAAGCAUCGAUGGAUGCCGAGUUCGCACGGAUGCUCAAGGCUAGGACGCUGGGUCCUGAACAUCUCGAAACGCAGAGUCAUUUGCGCAGGGACAUAAGGAAUUUACGUGAGAAAAUACAGCAACUUGAAGAGCAAGUUGAGGCCGCAAAAAAGCGGCUCUCUCGGUUAAAGACUGGCAAGGCCGCCGUAAUGAUCUGUCGCAACAUUGAUGUCGCUAUAGAGCAACAGCGAGAGAAGGUCACCGGCUUGAGCACCCGAAGUGCUAAGGUGAACCCACAACCCCGGCAAAUCACACCAUCGCCGGGCGAGAAAUCACUUGAGAAGUCGCCAGCUAGCCAUUCCGGCACGACGCCGAAUGUCGCCACAUCCACUGCAGCUGCCUUGAACGCGGAGAUGUCGGCAAGCAAGCUGAAGAGGGCCUUGUUGAAGGUUCGCAAACAACCCUUGUUGAACACCCAGGCCGCCACGACAAAGCCACGCCAUGUGGACUAUACACCUCAGACGCCUGUGAGGACCCCUGCAGGCCAGCCGUCCUUGUUUGCUGGACUCACUCCCUUCACCCCUGGGCAAUCGAGUACCCCAAUUGCCAUCCCCAUUUCAACUACUCCGGCUGCCACUCCUACCCCGACCGCUCCAGAUUCCUUCCCUGCCCCGACUGAGACAGACUUCCCAUUCUCACCCUCUAGCCCAGAGGAAGAUUACGGAGCAGGAACAAGACGACGAACCACGAAUAGCAGAUACCACGCGAAGCCAGUCCAAUUCAAAAAAUCGUCGACAAGUCCUAGCCCUGCGGCGAAAUUCGAAUGGGGUCCGCUGCCGAGUUUCGCAUCGACCACGCCGCAGAAGACAUUGCCCCUCUUGGGUGGUGGAUGA